GGAGGUUGGGCAAACAAAAAUCGAUUGCAACAGCAAAUCGACUACAGGAAGCGCCUCAUAAUAAGGCACGAAGCCGCGACGAGAACGUGAACGACGCACACGACGUAGGCAGAGGCACUUGAAUUGACUUUGGCCUCCCCUGCCCACCGAGCACCCCCUCCAGGCAGCAGUAAAAUGAUUACAGGCUAACGCCAAAAAGAGGAAGCAGCUAAAGCCAAGGCAGAAGAAGAAGCAACAGCAGAGUCAGUUUCAGUAGCAAUAGCAGCAGCACCAGCAGCAGCCAGAGACUCGAGCAAAAGGAGCAAAACUGAAAUUUAUAACAAUUUUCGGUAUAUGCAAUACUAAAUAAUUAAUUUAAAAAGUUAUUGAACGUAAAAAUUGCGCACUUGCUUUGCUCAGGAGUGUCAAGAGCGUCUGUGUUGGUGCGUAUACGUGUACGUGGCCUGCGUGCGGGUGCGUGCUUGCGUGUGUGUGUGUGUGCGUGCGUGCGUGUGUGCGUGUGUGUGUAUGUGCGCGUGUUGAACGCUUCAGCUGCGCUUUUUUUAUGCAAGCGAAAAUUGUGAUAGCCAGCAGCAGCGAAAAGCGCAAACGUUGCAAAAAGGCAAAAGUGGCUGAAGUGGCGCCCCCGCAGAGCAGGAGACAAGUGCGGCGAGCGAUGCAAAAAUAUGGAGCUGGAUAAAUGACGAAACGCAAUUGAAAUCUAUUUCGAGUGGAGCUGCACCAUUUUGCCUGGCGCUGUCGGUAUACAGCAUACACACAUACACACACACACACACCGACACAGACACAAGCACAGACAACGCUUACACGGACGCGAAGAGGGACGGAGUAGGGUCGAUAACGCACGCAAAAGGAUACACAUAAGCAUAACGGCAUAACAGACAGCAGUGCCAAAAUAGCACCUGAGACUGCCGGGCGGAGCCCGUCUAUAAAUAGCUUGAAGAAGCGCAGAAACCAGCAGCGGCGGGUGUACAAUGGUAACAAUGAACUCGGAAGCGGACAAAACACAGAGUAGCACGCAAGCAACCAAUGCGCUGGCCAUGAACAGUGCGCCCAAGACACCAGCAGCGACAGCGACGCCAACGCCUUCGCCAGAAGAAGCAUCCGAGGCGGCAACAGGAGUAACGGAUAGCAGUCCAGCGUCAAUAUCAACGGAAACGCCAGCGCCAAACGGCAACAAUAAUGGGCCGGCAACAGCAACUGCAACUGCAACAUCAACGGCAGCUGCAACGGCAACGGCAACGGCAACAGUAACCGCAACUACAUCCGCAGCCGCAGCCGCCUCCUUAUCCGCAUCCGUAUCCGCAUCUGCAUCCGCAUCUGCAUCCGAAUCUCCAUGUGCACCUCUAGCUACCACUGAGGCAGAAGCUGAACAGCCGGACAGUGGCAAUGCGAACAGCAGCAGCGGGGCGACCAGCACCACGAUAACAGUCAGCGUUGCGGCCACGGUUAGCAGCAGCAGCAGCUGCAGUAGCAGCCACAACUGCACAACCACUGUGGCCGCUGCAACGCCGCCGCUGUCCAGCAAGACGGUGAGCAUCCGGGAUGCAACAGCGCCGAGUGGCAGCGGCACAUCCGCGGCCAAGUCAAGUGGCCUGCUCAGCGUGGGCAGCAAUCAUCAUCACCACCAUCAUCAUUCCUCGCCAUCGCCAUCGCCGUCGUCGUCGCAGUCGCCGUCGCCAUCCCAAUCGCAGUCAAAAUCGGCUCAGCCUCAGCCGCAGCCACCGCCAGCGCCGUCCGUGUCGCAGCAGCCGCAUCAGCGGGGCAACAAGAACGAAGAUGCGCCCAAUAUACUGGUCUAUAAAAAGAUGGAGACCAUCAUCGAAAAGAUGCAGGCGGAGACGGGCGGUGUGGCUGUGCGCACGGUGAAGGCGUUUAUGAGCAAGGUGCCAUCGGUAUUUACCGGAGCCGAUCUUGUUGCAUGGAUACUGAAGAACUUCGACGUGGAGGACGUGACAGAGGCGCUGCACUUUGCCCAUUUGCUUAGCUCACACGGCUACAUUUUUCCCAUUGAUGAUCAUGCGCUGACCGUGAAGAACGAUGGCACUUUCUACAGAUUCCAGACGCCAUAUUUCUGGCCAUCAAACUGCUGGGAGCCGGAGAACACUGACUAUGCGGUUUAUCUGUGCAAACGCACCAUGCAAAACAAGACGCGUUUGGAGUUGGCGGACUACGAGGCCGAGAACCUGGCUAAGCUGCAGAAAAUGUUCUCUCGCAAAUGGGAAUUCAUCUUCAUGCAGGCCGAGUCACAGAGCAAGGUGGCUAAGAAGCGCGACAAACUGGAGCGCAAGGUACUGGAUUCGCAAGAGCGCGCCUUUUGGGAUGUGCAUCGGCCCAUGCCGGGCUGUGUCAAUACCACCGAGAUAGAUAUCAAGAAGGCGUAUCGACGCGGCGGCUCCAGUCAUGGAACCGGGUCCGCUGGCGCUUCUGUGGCUAAAAAUCCCGUCGAGCAGCUAACGCGCAUCAUUACGCUGCGCAAACAGAAGCUCGAGCGGCGCACAAUCAAAGUGUCCAAGGCGGCCGAAGCUUUGGUUGCCUACUACGAUCAGUACAAUGAGUUCGAUUACUUUUUAACCUCGCCGGAGCUACCCAAUCCCUGGCAAACGGACAGCACCGAGAUGUGGGAUACUGAAAAAAAUAGCCUUAUCUCUCCAAGCAGCAAAGAUGUUCCUGUGCGUCGGGUCAAGAGAUGGGCAUUUAGCCUGCGCGAGCUGCUUAACGAUGCCAUUGGACGCGAUCAGUUUACCAAGUUUCUGGAGAAGGAGUACAGUGGCGAGAAUCUCAAGUUCUGGGAAUCGGUGCAGGAGAUGAAGGCAUUGCCACAGUCCGAAAUCAAGGAGGCCAUACACAAGAUUUGGCAAGAGUUCCUCGCACCCGAUGCGCCCUGUCCGGUCAACGUGGACUCCAAAUCCGUGGAGUUGGCCCGCGAAGCCGUCAAUUCGCCCAAUGGUCCGAAUCGCUGGUGCUUCGAUGUGGCCGCCUCGCAUGUGUAUCAUCUGAUGAAGAGCGAUUCGUACUCGCGCUAUCUGCGCUCCGACAUGUACAAGGACUACGUCAACUGCUCCCGCAAGAAGAUCAAGUCAAUACCCAAUCUCUUUGGGGUAAAACGUUGAGAUACGCUGCGCGAAUUGGCUGUCGCGGGGUUCGGCUUUGGCGCGGGCUUAGCCGAUUUUUAUGUGUUAAUUCUUGGAUGGCGGUCGGAAGGAAGUUAUGUGUGUUAUACUGUAGUGCUCGUGUUUGGACGCAUACUUCGAUGUAUAUUAAACGUUGUUACUUAUUAUUAAAUAAUAGCCUGCCUAUUGCCACUAGGUCGCGUGUGUUCUUAACGUCAUUUUGUUAAUCGUUAAAUUAAAGUGUCGCCCGUGCAACGAUACGUACUCCUAACACCCAGGACCAUUCCUAGCCCUUCGUUGCUUACCUUUAUCGAAUCCAAUUCGAAACUCUCGUCCUUUGUCGUAAAUCUUAUCGAAACGAAAACACCACUGAAUAAACUGCCACGUGCUUCUCGAAAUAAAAAUAGAAAGCAGCAGCGAAAGUUAGAUUAAAAAUAAAAUAACCGUCGCGAAAGAGUGCAUCGCAGGAUGCAGCUUAGAUGAAUCGAUCAAAUAAACAAAUCAUCAGCCAUACUACGCAAUUAUCAAACUGUAACCGAUAACACCAAAUCGAAACAAACAAAUAUACAUAUAUAAAAAUAAUCACUAAGGUAAUUAGCAUAAAGCAAUAAAACUAAAACAAAAACCAAAACAAAAACAAAACCAACUACCACUGACAAACGAGUACAUACCGAGUACUUGUAGUUAUAUUUAAAGUUAUACUUAUACCUAUACUUAUACUUAAACUUAUACUUGUAUUAGCAUGUUACAAAGCUAUCAGCGUUCAGCAUUUGAGAAGUCAAUCUAAAUGUACAAUCGAAUCAAUCAAUUCAAGUCAUAGAACAAACACGCUACGCGUUUUUUUUAUACUCGCUAGUUAUUUACUAAGUACUCGCUCUCUCUUAAGUCCCAUUUACAUACAGCUCUACUCACAAUGCGUUCCGUUGUGUUCCCUGGUUCCCUCAUACUACACACACACACACACACACACACUCGCAUAUCGCUAAACGCAACAAAAACUAAAAACUUAAACAAAUUCUAAACGUUAUGUAAACCAAACGAAAAAAAUGACAUCAUAUUUCCGAGCGCAUCGGCGUGCAUCGUGAUUUGUGUGUUUGUGUUUGUGUAUAUGUGUGUGCUUGUAAGAUCAGUUGCUUUUACACACACACUUAAUGAGCGCAGAGAGCGGCAGUAAGAGCAAUAGCCAACGAGAAAAACUGCAACAGAGCUGGACGCAAGAGGGAGAGAGAGAGAGAUAGAUGCAAUAUAUAAAAAGAUAAGGACACUUACUAAAGAGAGCUUUACAUACGUUAGACAGACAAAUAAGGGACAAAGGAAUUGGCAAGCGAGCCAAAAUGACUAAAAAAAAAAAGAAAGAAAGAGAGGGCAGGUAACAAUCGGUAUAGGUACCAGAAACGCACACACAUCCAUACCUUGCCCCGACUCAUCGUAUCUGAGCUACAUGCUUGAUGGUAGGGCAAUCAAUCAAUUUAACUCCAUCUCAAUCGCUUAUUUCGACAGCUUAGAAAUCGAUGUAAGCUGCGCCACGCCCACGCCUGAGCUAGAGAAAUGCGUCGACUUUUAAUCAGAUACACACAUACACAUGCAUACAUAAUAGCAUACGUACAUACAUAUGUAAUACUUAGAAUAUUAUAUAUAUUGCAUAUGUAUAUAUAAUGGCAUAGCGCACCGAGCAAGUCGGAGUAGAAAAUCAGAUUUAGACGUACUUGUAGCGAAUCAAGUAUAUAUAAAACACAUAUGUACACGCACACACGCGCACAAUCGCCUCUGUGCACUCACGAGAAGUGCAGAGGCGAGAAAAUACACAAAAUGUUGCAUACUUUUAGGAGGCGGUUACAAAUUAUAAAUCGGUAGAAAGAAAACCCAAAAUUCGUUGUGUAUGUAAUUGUAUUGUAUUUAUUGUAUGUUUGUAAUUGUAAACGGUGUCUAAUUUUAAACAAAUACAAAAGCAGCAACCAAAUAAUUAUUAAUUAUAUCAUAUUGUAUUCAAGUACAAUCUCAAUGUGCAUCUGUGUGUCGGUAGUCAAAUUUAAAUCAAUUUCAACAAGUUACACGAAACUAAAAAGAAAACAAAACAAAAAAAUAUAAAUAAAAAAAAGCGUACAUUAGAAGAAAAAAUUUAAUGAGCAUAGACGCCAAUAAAAGUCAAGUAAAACGAGAUACAAACAAUAUAAAAGUUUAAAUUUUUUUGGAUUUGGCUUUUAAUUAAAUUAUCUAUGUUAUUUAUGUUGUUAUUUGUGGCUUAUUUGCAUUCUCAAAUGAAAAAUGUUGGUACACUAUUUACAUUCUCUUUUAUUGUUUCGUUUAUUGCCCACCGUUCACUAAAAUACAAAUAAGCCAAAAAGCUAGGAAUUAUAAAGGUAAAUACGCGUAAGCACAUGAACCAUAUGCGCGAGAACGUUAGAAAAAACUAUACAAAAAAACUAAAAAAAAAAAAAAAAAAAAAACAAGAAAAAGAAAAAGAAAAGAAAACUACUAAAGCAAUUUCAAUUCGCUCUUAAUUGUAUAUUUAUUGAUUUACUUACCCCUAUUUACGCCCAAAGUAGUCAUAAAUGUCGGGUGAGCGUAAAUGCCAAAGCGAAUACACAAAUAACUAACAGCAGCAACAACAAACGAUUAAAUAAAGAAAUUAAUAUAUACCCUCUAGAAGGGUAUACAAAUCAGUCGUGCUAAGCAUAGCUAAAUGUAUUGCACUUAUCUAUGUAUUUGAGCAGAGGAAUCGCAGGAUACCAGCUUCUAGUUUCUAGAAUCUAUUGCCCUUCGAUUUGGGGUGUACUCGUAUAUCGCGACUUCUUAGGCUAGCAAAAUAACGGGAAGCAGCCGCGUUUAUUGUAAAUUGUUUAACAAAACACUAAAUAAAUAAAGGCACAAUUUAAACAAAUUGAAUUGUGAUGCCAACUACUAACAAA